AUGGCGCCUCCGUAUCAUAAUGAGAAAUUUGCUUCGGCAUCAAGUCGUCGUCGUCCCUUUCCUUCGCGAAAUGAUCGCGAUGGUCGCAUGUAUGAUGAUCGUUCGCGAUCUCGCUCGCCUGAUCGUGCACGAUCGCCUCCUCGAAGACUAGCAGCCGAUAGCAGACUCGAGUACUCCCGAGACAGAGAACCUGGACAAGGUUACAGAAGCCGUGAUCGCGAUGAUUAUCGUCGAGACUCGCGCUCAUCUCCUCAUCGGGGUAGACACCCAUACAAAGACCGUGACCGUGAGGGCUAUCGAAGCGCGAGCGGCAAUCCAAGCCGGAGUCGCAGCCCUCGUCGAGGUCAGCCCCAUAUGGGGCAGGUGAGCCGAGAAGUUAUGAUGAGUGGACUUCCGGUGGACAUGACGGAAGAACAUGUCGCUGUUGAACUCAGAAAUGCUUAUCACAUCGACGGCCUAGAUCGCAUUAAGGUUAUUCGUGACCGAGAGACAAAGUUGUCGCGGCAACUAGGGUUCCUGCGAUUUCCCACAAUUGACGCAUCGCGCGAAUUUGUUGAACGAAACUUCCCUUACAUAUUCUUUUAUGGUCCCACCAACGACCGAAGUACACAAGUGCGCAUCGCUUACAGCCGCGAGAGAGAAGACCACCCUCGUCCAAGUGACUGGAACUGCAGGAACUGUCACGUCCUGAACUUUUCCUCACGAACAAAGUGCUUCAAGUGCAGAGACCCACGACCCAAUAUGGAUAUUUCUGGCCCUCCUGGAGUUCCGGCUCCCAAGAUACCUAACGAGGGUGACCAUGAUGUCGCUCCUGAGACCGAACCCUCCCAGUUCCUCCUGAUCCGUGGCCUGGAGGCAUCUACCACGGAGGAGCUUCUUGCAAAAGGAGUUUCCAAAUUGUAUCGGCCUUCCGGCAACAAUGACAGUGCCCCUGAUAAUCAAAAGAAGGGAUCAAAGGUAGCCUCUACCACUGGUGACAGCAACCUGGGGGCCCGUGAAGGCUCUCUCCGUCGCGUGCUACUCGUACGUGAUCGCAACACUAAUGCAAGCUGGCGUUACGGAUUCGCAGAAUUUGUGACAGUUAAGGAUGCACAAGACGCAAUGAUGCGACUCAACUCUUUCGAAAAAUUUACCAUCUCCUCCAAGCCGGUGUUGGUCACCUACAUUCACGGCGGAGUGUUUGUUCCUAUCACGAACGCCCCAUCCGAUGCUAGCAACUACACGUUCAGCCUGUCAAACAACACCUCCGUGCGGUUGAAGUACUGGGAUGAGGAGGCAUACGUGUCAGAACUGGUGCUGUCGACAGCAGAGGACGAUGCCGCACAGGAACAGAAAGCCAACAAGAUAACUUCGAACCAUGGAGACGGUCAAGCCAAGGACACAAAGGACUCUGAUAAAGGAAAAAAGAGGAGAGCUGAUGCCACGACCAGUGCGAGUACCAAGAAGCUUGCAAUGCCACCCCAGCUCCAAUUCUGGAGUGACCGCCACGCUGAACUACACGGGAUCAACAGAGAUGCUGUUGGGAAUCCUGCAGAGGGCUCGAACUCGGCAGCUUCGACCACCGACACUGCUGCCCUGACCACCGACACUGCUGCCCGGACGACUGACUUGGCAACUCAGACUGACUUAGUUGCUUCAGUGGCUCCAUCAUUUGCAGACUGGGGCAACCUCCGCUGCCUCUUGUGUGAGCAAGAUUUUGUGAAUGAGGGACAUCUCAGAACGCAUGAGAACGGCAGUGUGGCCCACUUCGAAAAGCUUCAGGAUGUCGACAUGAGAAUAAGGGGUGUAUGCUUGCUGAUUAUCUACGGUGUCAUUCCCAUGCCGACGCCAAACUACGAAGGCAGCCAUGACGAAUAUCGCGACGAAAUUGAGAAGAAAUAUUGGAUUCCACCAUCACCCCGAUCCUUUGCCGACCUAAACCGGGGCUGGUGCUUGUUGUGCUUCAGCAAUUUUGAUCCUCCGGAAGAGCUCUUCGCACACGACCGUAUCAGUGAACACCAUCGCAAGCAGCUGCAAGACCAGGAUGAGGUGGAGUGGGGCCUGAAAAAGCUCAAGGAGGCCGGUAUCGCCCAGGAUAUUGGGCAGGCUGGCCCAAGAGCUCCAGGAACCCCCCGACGGGCCCCCGCGCAAGAAGAGGAGGGCGAGUCUCCAGUACAGCCUACCUCGAUCGGUGCCUCCCUUCUGAACAGGAUGGGCUGGACCGAAGGAUCUGGCCUUGGUGCCCAAGGAACCGGCGUCACCGAGCCGAUUCCCACCGAAGUGUAUGCCCAGGGUGUGGGAUUGGGGGCGCCGGGAAGUCGAUUGGGGGAGGCGACCGAAGAAGCCGGGCGGAACACCAGGGGCCGGUACGAGGAGUUCCUGGAGAGGACCAGGGAUACCGCGCGCCAGCGCUACGAGGACAUGGACCGUUCCUAA